CGCGGUCCGCCGCCGGCCUUCCGCCGCCAUUCGGGAUUCAGGCCCAGGAAACGUACGUCACGGGGGAACUGGGCCAUUCGGCCUUAGUGUUGACGCGUCGCUUAGCAACCGGGAGGCUUACCUUUGGAAGCUUGUUGCAGCUUUUGCCGCGGUCCUUCGCUCUUCCUGCCCCUCCCCUCCCUUCAACUCCCUUCACCUAGGAGCUGCCAAACAUCUGGAUCAACCUGGGCGCUACGAGGGGUUGAAUUUCUACCAGUAUCGCGCCUUUUUACAUUUUUUUUCCCCGAACUCCUUCUCACAUCCGUAAAACCCACUGCUUCUUUUACUACACGUUUUAUGAGAACAAGACAUUUUCUAGGAAGAUGGUGGCAGAAAAAGAGACCCUGAGCUUAAACAAAUGCCCAGACAAGAUGCCGAAGAGGACCAAGCUGCUGGCACAACAGCCGCUCCCGGUGCACCAGCCUCACUCCCUGGUUUCUGAGGGCUUCACAGUCAAAGCCAUGAUGAAAAACUCAGUCGUGAGAGGCCCGCCAGUUGCAGGAGCAUUUAAAGAAAGACCAACAAAGCCCACAGCAUUUCGAAAAUUUUAUGAACGAGGAGAUUUCCCAAUUGCCCUUGAGCAUGAUUCGAAAGGAAACAAAAUCGCGUGGAAGGUGGAAAUUGAGAAGCUGGAUUACCAUCAUUAUUUGCCUCUGUUUUUUGAGGGGCUCUGUGAAAUGACAUUUCCCUACGAGUUUUUUGCCCGGCAAGGAAUCCACGACAUGCUGGAACAUGGGGGGAACAAGAUUCUUCCUGUCAUUCCACAGCUCAUUAUCCCAAUAAAAAAUGCUUUGAAUCUUCGAAAUCGACAGGUCAUUUGCGUCACCCUCAAAGUCCUCCAACAUCUGGCUGUGUCAGCUGAGAUGGUGGGUGAAGCUUUGGUGCCCUAUUACCGUCAAAUCCUCCCCAUCCUGAACAUCUUUAAGAAUAUGAAUGUUAACUCGGGAGACGGCAUCGACUACAGCCAGCAGAAGAGGGAGAACAUCGGUGACCUGAUCCAGGAGACGCUGGAGGUCCUGGAGCGCUACGGAGGAGAAGACGCCUUCAUCAACAUCAAGUACAUGGUCCCCACCUACGAGUCGUGCUUGCUGAACUAGAGGCAGGAACAGCUGGGAUGGGGGAGGGCUUGCCUUAGUGCCCAGAUCAUCUGUCUCUGCUGCUUUUAGCAUCUCAUUACUUGUGACUUCUACAGCUUUCUUUUCUACAGCUGCUAAAAUAGUGGCUCAUGGGCCGUUGGACCAUUAGCCCCAUUGAGAGCAAAGUUUUCCAAUACAUAAAUAGUGCCUGUUUCUUAGAUUA